AUGCUGCGCCUCGCGGCCAAGCUGGUGUCCUUCUUCUGGAGGAGGGAGGACAUCCCCGAGGAGGAGGUCGGGACACCCAGGCAGGAGCUGUCGGAAGGUGAUAUCAGAUUGAAAACUGUGCAGGGUGUUGUGACAAGAUAUUGCAGUGAUUAUGGCAUGAUUGAUGAUUUGAUCUACUUUUCCAACGAUGUUGUGACUAGCAAAGUGCUUCUGAAUGUUGGACAGGAAGUUAUUGCGGUUGUUGAAGAAAAUAAAGUGUCAAAUGGACUGAAAGCAAUCAGGGUGGAAGCUGUCUCUGAUAAAUGGGAAGAUGACAACAAAAACUGUUGCAAAGGGUUGUCAGACUCCAGCCCCAGAGCGCUGAUUGGCUGUGUGACUUCCCUGUCGGAAGGUGCUGGUUACAUCAACCAGACCACGUAUUUCUCUCUGGAAAGUGUGUGUGAAGGUUUCCACCCAUGCAAGGGAGACUGGGUAGAGGCUGAGUACUGGAUCAGGCCAGGGACAUGGAGCAGCGAGGCAAUCUCAGUGAAGCCACUGCGGUACAAGCGUGUGGACAAGGUUUGCAUUUCCAGCCUGUGUGGGAGGAAUGGGGUGAUAGAGGACAGCAUCUUCUUCAGCCUGGAUUCCCUGAAGCUGCCGGAAGGGUACACACCAAGGAGACACGACAUUGUCAAUGCUGUGGUGGUGGAGAGCAGCCAGUCAUGCUACAUCUGGAGAGCACUGUGCAUGACCCCCGUGAAGAGAGAUGCUUCCACUCUUGGUGAGGCCCCCCAGGAGCCCUAUGGAGCCCUCUUACUGAAAAACAAAGGUGGUAUUGAAGUUACAAGAAUGACCAGUUUUGGAACAUUGAAGGAAGGAGAAAGCAAGGCAAUGGUGAUCUGGAUAGAGAAUAAAGGAAAGAUUUCUCAGGACCUCAUCAGUUGCAGACUGGCUGGCUGGGAUAAAGCACAACAGUUUAGAUUUGAGGCACAGGGCAGAGGCCAGGCCUGCUCAGGGGAGGCUGCUGUUUCUGUUCCUGAGGGUGAAAAUGUUAAUUCAUCGAAUCAUCACAGAGAAAACAAAACUGAUGAGAUGCCAGAGAGCAGUCUGAACAACACAGAAAUCUCUCCAGAUGACUGUGCCUGUGAAGAAGAAAGCAGAGAAAAAGGAAACACAUCAAAGAAACAGGAGCCUGAGCCUGGGGGCCUCAUUCCUCCAGGGGAGAAAACUUGCAUUGUGGUUACAUGUGAUGCCAAAAACCCUGGUCGUUGCAAGGAGCUUCUUCUGCUGUGUUUCUCCAACUUUCUUAUUGGGCGACAUCUUGAAGUGAAUGUUGUGAGUGGUGAGGAGGCCUUAAUAGCUGUGCGUGAGCCAUUUUCUUGGAAAAAGCCUAAAAGUUCCCAAACAUUAGUGUCUGCAAAGACUACAGUUGUUGUGACCACACAGAAAAGGAACUCAAGAAGACAACUUCCAAGUUUUCUUCCACAGUAUCCAAUACCAGAUAGAUUAAAAAAAUGUGUGGAACAGAAAAUUGACAUCCUGACUUUCCAGCCGCUUCUUGCAGAGCUUCUGAACAUGUCAAACUACAAGGAGAAGUUCUCCACUCUGCUGUGGCUGGAGGAGAUCCAUGCAGAAAUAGAACUGAAAGAGUAUAACAUGAGUGGCGUGAUCCUGAAGAGGAAGGGAGAUCUGCUGGUGCUGGAGGUCCCGGGCCUUGCUGAGAGCCGGCCUUCCCUUUAUGCAGGUGACAAACUGAUUUUAAAAUCUCAAGAAUACAAUGGACAUGUCAUUGAAUAUAUCGGCUAUGUCAUGGAGAUUCAUGAAGAAGAUGUAACUCUUAAGCUUAAUCCAGGAUUUGAACAGAUGUAUAACUUUGAACCUAUGGAUGUGGAGUUUACAUACAAUAGGACCACAAGCAGACGGUGUCACUAUGCACUUGAACAAGUCAUCCAUUUGGGUGUAAAAGUAUUAUUUCCAGAAGAAAUCAUUUUACAGUCUCCUCAGGUGACAGGGAGUUGGAGCCUUGCACAGGACACCAAAAUUGAUGGGCAGUCCAUCCCCAAGAAUAAGAAAACACUGAUGGACCAAACUAAACAUGCAACAAAGGAGAGGCACAUGGCUACUACAGACCUGCCAGAGAAGGCUGACUCUACUGCAGAGACUAUGGAUGAAAUUCAGAUCCCUAAUGCAACAGAUAAGGAGUUCUUCAAUCCAUUGCUCAAUGAGAACCAGAAGCUGGCAGUGAGGAGGAUUCUGAGUGGCGACUGCCGACCCCUCCCAUACAUUCUUUUUGGACCUCCUGGAACUGGGAAGACUGUGACAAUAAUUGAGGCUGUUUUGCAGGUACAUUAUGCUUUGCCGGACAGUCGGAUUUUGGUGUGUGCUCCCUCCAACAGUGCUGCUGACCUUGUGUGUUUGCGGCUUCAUGAGAGCAAGGUACUGAAGCCAGCUGCCAUGGUCCGGGUGAAUGCCACCUGCAGAUUUGAGGAGACUAUUAUUGAUGCCAUCAAACCAUAUUGCAGAGAUGGAGAAGAUAUCUGGAGAGCCUCACGCUUCAGGAUAAUAAUCACCACAUGUAGCAGUGCAGGACUGUUUUACCAGAUAGGUGUGAGAGUUGGAUACUUCACACACGUGUUUGUGGACGAGGCAGGGCAGGCAAGUGAGCCAGAAUGCCUUAUUCCUCUGGGACUGAUUUCAGACAUCAAUGGCCAGAUUGUGCUUGCUGGAGACCCCAUGCAGCUUGGCCCAGUCAUCAAGUCCAGGCUGGCCAUGGCCUAUGGGUUGAAUGUGUCUAUGUUGGAGAGACUGAUGUCUAGACCAGCAUACCUGAGAGAUGAGAAUGCCUUUGGUGCUUGUGGUGCAUACAACCCUCUUUUGGUCACAAAGCUAGUGAAGAACUAUAGGUCCCACUCGGCCCUGCUAGCACUGCCCUCUCGCCUGUUCUACCAUAAGGAGCUUGAGGUCUGUGCUGAUCCCAGAGUAGUGACUUCGCUGCUGGGCUGGGAGAAGCUGCCCAGAAAAGGCUUCCCUCUCAUCUUUCAUGGCGUGAGGGGAAAUGAGGCUCGGGAAGGGAGAAGCCCAUCGUGGUUCAGCCCCGCUGAGGCUGUCCAGGUCAUGCGCUACUGUUGCCUCUUGGCCCGGAAUGUCUCCAGCCAAGUUUCUUCCAAGGACAUCGGUGUCAUCACACCCUAUCGGAAGCAGGUGGAGAAAAUAAAAAUCCUUCUGCGAAAUGUGGAUUUGACUGACAUAAAGGUUGGCUCAGUUGAGGAGUUCCAGGGACAAGAGUACUUGGUCAUUGUCAUUUCCACUGUGCGGUCAAAUGAAGAUAGAUUUGAAGAUGACCGUUAUUUUUUGGGUUUCUUGUCCAAUUCAAAAAGAUUUAAUGUUGCAAUCACAAGACCCAAAGCAUUGCUGAUCGUUCUGGGAAACCCUCAUGUGCUUGUCAGAGAUCCCUGUUUUGGAGCAUUGCUAGAAUACAGUGUUAGCAAUGGUGUCUACACAGGGUGUGAUCUACCUCCAGAACUGCAGGCUCUCCAAAAGUGA